AUGAAGACAAGUUUUAUCACUUCAUUUGUCAGCCUUUUCGUGGCUGCUCAGUUGGUUGCUGCUGCUUCUGAUCCCAGCACUGAUGCCGCUUGUGCUCUCACUGGUUCUACCAACGACGGUUCUGUCAAUGCCAAGGAUGAACAGCUUGCUCAAUUCACCAUUGUUGACAACGGUGGACAAGAAACAUCUCAAUUUGGUGUCAAGAUCAACAAUUCUGACAGUUUGAAGGCUGGUUUGGAUGGUCCUUCGCUGCUCGAAGACUUUCAACUGAGAGAAAAGAUUAUGCAUUUUGAUCAUGAAAGAAUCCCUGAGCGUGCUGUUCACGCUCGUGCUGUUGGUUUGCACGGCUACUUUGAAUCCUAUGGCGACUACUCCAACAUCACUGCUGCCAGUUUCUUGAGGAAAAAGGGAAAGAAAACUCCCAUGUUUGUUCGUAUCUCUACUGUCCUCGGUUCUCGUGGCUCUCCUGAUACUGUGCGUGAUGUCCAUGGUUUCGCUCUUCGUUUCUACACUGAUGAAGGUCUCUUUGACCUUGUUGGUAACAACGUACCUCCCUUCUUUGUGCAUGAUGCCAUCAAGUUCCCGGAUCUCAUUCAUGCUGGUAAGCCUCAGCCUGAUACUGAGACUCCUCAAGCUGGUACUGCUCACGAAACUGCCUAUGAUUUCUUUGCCGAGUUCCCUGAAACCAUGCACACUGUUCUCUGGGCUCUUUCUGGUCGUGGUAUCCCUAGAUCUCUUCGUCAAAUCGAAGGUUUCGGUGUCCACACUUUCCGUUUAGUCAACGAGCAAGGCGUCUCUACUUAUGCCAAGUUUGUCUGGAAGCCCAAGCAAGGUCUCUCCAACUUGUUGUGGGAUGAAGCUCAAAAGAUUGCCGGUAAAGACAUUGAUUUCCAUCGUAACGACAUGUACACUGCCAUCAAGAAGGGUGAUUACCCUGAAUGGGAAUGGGGUGUUCAACUCAUUCCUGAAGAAGACGUCAACAAGUACGAUUUUUCUCUCUUAGAUCCCACCAAGCUUGUACCCGAGUCUUUGGUUCCCUUCCAGCCCCUUGGUAAGAUGGUUCUUAACCGCAACCCUGACAACUACUUUGCCGAAACCGAACAAGUAACUUUCCAUCCUGGCCACGUCGUCCGUGGUGUUGGUUUCACCAAUGAUCCUCUUCUCCAAGGCCGUCUCUUCUCUUACCUCGACACUCAGCUUAACCGUAUGAGUGGUCCUAAUUACAUGCAAUUGCCUAUCAACCGUCCUCUCAACGUCGUCCACAACAACCAACGUGAUGGCUUCAUGCAAAUGCAAAUUCACAAGGGCGAAGUCGCUUAUUUCCCCAACGGCUUGCAAGGUAACACUCCUUCUAUGGUUGAUGGCGACAAGGGCGGUUACAUUGAAUACCCUGAGAAGAUCAACAACGUUACCAAGAUCCGUGGACGCUCCUCCAAGUUCUUUGAUUUCUACUCUCAACCUCAACUCUACUACAACUCUUUGACUGCUGCUGAGAAGCAACAGUUGAUUGAUGGUCUUCGUUUCGAAAUCGGUAAAUCUGCCUCCAUGGAUGUCCGUAAGAGAAUGAUCAACCAACUUAACCACGUUGAUAACGACAUGGCUCGUCGUAUUGCCUACACUAUUGGCGUUGAUCUCCCCGACAAGAUUGUUGAAAACCAAAACCAAACCUCUGUUGGUAUCUCCAUUGAGGAGUAUCCCAAGGCUGACAGCAUCAAAACUCGUACUGUUGCCAUCCUUACUGCCCCUGGCUCUGAUAACUCUGAUGCUCAAGCCAUGUACGAUUUCCUUGAAAAGAAAGGCGCUUACCCCGCUUUUGUUGGUAUUCGUCAAGGCACUCAAGAUGGUCUCAACAUCACUGAGUCUUACCUCACUACUUCCUCUGUUCUCUGGGAUGCUGUCUACGUUCCUGGUGGUAACAAGUCUCUUGAAGUCAUGACCUCUCGCUCUUCCUUGUUCCCUUAUGACGAACCCAAGAUGUUUGUUCUCGAUGCUUUCCGUCACGGUAAGCCUAUCGCUACCUCUGCUGAAGGCUCCAGGCUUCUUGAGUACGCUGGUGUUGAUAUGCCUCCUGCUGGUAACUCUACUGCUGAGAUGGAUGGUGUCAUUGUUGCUGAUUCUGAAGCUAAUGCUGAAAAGGCUUUCGAAGCUGCCCUUAUCCAACAAAGAUACUGGUCUCGUUUGCCCUUGGAUUCUGCUAUUUAA